AGAAGCCAAAUUCACUGAAAGUGGCACCUUCUAAAUCCAUGGCGUCCUCUUCAGAUAUUUCCUGUUGCUUUUUAGUACGACACCCCCACAGUUCCCCCAUAGAUAAAGCUGCACGGCUGCUGAACAUGUCUCACUCAUAGAUGCUGGUGUAGGAUUCAAACACACGCAAUCCGUCUCUGGACGUAGAGAGGUAUGAAACCGAAACCACGAUUCUAAGAACGACUUCGAACAAUCUAGACUCGAAGCAAGACACUGCGUGACUCGAAACCGGUGCGCUGGAUUACACUGCAGCAGUUUGUUCCCUAGCAAGUUUAGGCAUCAGAAUCUCACGGUAUUAAACGCAAUGCGAUGGCUCCCUGCGACGCAUCCACGUCAUCAAGCUCCGGAAGCAAUGCGUUUGACACGUUCUUGAUCAGCUUCCCCAACGCCACGUCAGCACCACCACCGCCGCUAUGCGCGCCGACAUUUCCAGUAUCGUCAGUCACGUUCAUCUCCACUGUCGCUGGAUUCGUUACUAUUAUACUCGCUACAGGCCUCAUCGUGUACAUAUUCUACAAGCGCGGGUGGUUCUACCAGACAGAUCCAGAUCCAGAAGGGGCUGCGAGAUUGCGGGCUCUUCGCGAAUCUGCGAACAUCGCGAAGGGUCUGGAUCCGGCAGUCAUUUGCUCGUUUCCUGUUUACACGUUUAGCGACAAAUCCGUGAAACGCGAGGUUACCACUGAAACGAACGUGUUAGCUUCCCUUCGCCAAUACAGCUGCGAAGUUUCGCAAACUUUUAGCUCUUCAACCCGUCGAAUCAGCGAAGAGUUUUCGCUCUCUCGCUGCCCCACCAGGGAAGAAAACAGCAGCACCGGCGGACGAUCAGCGAGAGAAAGCGCAUGCGAAGUCUUGGUAACCAUCGAAGGGGACGACAGGUUUUCGCUGAGCGGCGAUGACGACGCGCCGAGACUGCCGAGUGUGCCAAGUGUGACGUGGACGAAUGUACGCGAGUGCGCGGUGUGCCUGGGCGAGUACACGCCGGGCGAGCGCAUCAAGGUGGUGCCGGCGUGCGCACACGGCUUCCACGCGGACUGCAUCGACCUCUGGCUCGCCGCCAAAACCACCUGCCCCAUCUGCCGAACAGACCUUAAGCCCCAAAACCUCAUCGCCCCCACCUCCCCUAUCACUCAACAAGAAGAUCACCGGGCGGGUGUUACUGUAACCGACGGAGGGGUUACAGAAUGAGCGGGGAGCGCGGUAACAGGGGCAGUACCAGCAGCAGUGGCAGCAGCAGCGGUGGGAGUUGAGGAGGCAGCAGCAGCAGCAGCAGAAGCAGCAGAAACGGGGGCUGGAACGGUCCUGAUUGAUGCAGGAAGGAGAGGGGUGGUAGAGAUAGCCUGAUUUGAGAGCACAGGAAGAACCGGCUCGAGAAUGAGUUGGAACACGAGCACGAGGGUUGGAGUGACGUGAUUGAUAGUGACCAUCAAGGUCACACCAGGGUUUUAAGGUCAUCAUCACAAACGAAAUAAAGGGAAGGGAGUUUUCUGGCGAGUGCCUGGUCCCCAUCACUGCUUUGGAUGAGGAGACCUCAGGCGGUGGAACAGUGAGCCUCAUUUGACCUAAGUUGUCCCUGGCCGGAAGGAUAUGGUGAGUUGGUCACCAACUCAUAUCCAAGAACCAAGUUAUUGAGCCCCUUCAAUCAUAAGCAUGGGAGAUUGCAGAGGCGGAACAGCAUUGAUGAGGUCUAGGACAUGAAGUAUCACGCCCAAUACUGUUGAAGCGAGGAAAUGGCCGUGGAGAACCAUGGAGUGGAGUGACUCUAGUAUUGCAUGUCUUACAUUCAUAGCAUUUGGAAACCUAAUUGUACAGUCAACUCUUCAACGUAA